GCCCUCCCAUUCACGAACAAACGCAUCAGAGCCUCUCUUUCCUUUUUCCGCACAACAAACAGAGCAAAACGCAGAGCGAGAGGACCAAAGGAAACAGCAGCCAUGGGGAGUGAUUUCAACGGCACCUCUGCUUCCGACUCCUUCGUCAAGACUCCCACGAUAAAGUUCACCCAGCUGUUCAUCAAUGGCGAAUUCCUCGAUUCCGUUUCAGGUAAAACAUUUGAGACGAUAGAUCCAAGAACAGGGGACGUGAUAACCAGAGUUGCAGAAGGAGAUAAGGAAGAUGUUGACUUGGCUGUCAAGGCGGCGCGUGCUGCCUUCGACCAUGGCCCUUGGCCUCGCUUGCCUGGCGCUGAGAGGGGAAGGAUAAUGAUGAAGUUUGCAGACUUAAUUGACAAACAUGCAGAAGAACUAGCUAUCUUGGACACCGUUGAUGCCGGGAAGUUGUUCAGCGUUGGCAAGACCAUGGACAUACCGCAGGUAGCAGAAAUGUUACGUUAUUAUGCAGGUGCAGCUGACAAAAUCCAUGGAGAGGUGCUCAAAAUGUCGCGCGAACUUCAUGGUUAUACGUUGCUUGAACCCAUUGGUGUUGUGGGGCUCAUUGUUCCCUGGAAUUUCCCGAGCACCUUGCUUUUCGGAAAGGUCAGCCCUGCCUUAGCUGCUGGUUGCACCAUGGUCAUCAAACCUGCUGAGCAAACACCUCUAUCUGCAUUAUACUAUGCUCAUCUGGCUAAGUUGGCUGGUGUUCCUGACGGAGUGCUCAAUGUCAUAACCGGAUUUGGAAAGACUGCUGGUGCUGCCAUCAGCUAUCAUAUGGACAUUGACAAAGUCAGUUUUACUGGUUCCACCGAGGUAGGGCGCGAAGUAAUGCAGGCUGCAGCAAAGAGCAAUCUGAAGACAGUUUCACUUGAACUAGGAGGCAAAUCACCCCUUGUGAUUUUUGAUGACGCUGAUAUAAAUAUGGCUGCUGAUCUUGCUCUCUUGGGAAUCCUUUACAACAAGGGAGAAAUUUGUGUGGCAAGUUCUCGUGUUUAUGUUCAAGAAGGGAUUUAUGAUGAAUUUGUGAAGAAGUUACAAGAGAAGGCGAAAGAUUGGGUAGUCGGGGAUCCUUUUGAUCCUAAUGUCCGUCAAGGACCGCAGGUUGAUAAGAAGCAGUUCGAAAGAAUCCUAUCCUACAUUGAGCAUGGGAAGAAGGAAGGAGCCACAUUGUUAACAGGGGGCAAGCCUGUGGGCAACAAGGGAUAUUACAUUGAGCCUACAAUAUUUACUGAUGUCAAGGAUGACAUGCUCAUAGCCCAGGAUGAAAUAUUCGGACCAGUAAUGGCGCUGAUGAAGUUCAAGACAAUCGAGGAGGCGAUACAGAGAGCCAACAACACCAAAUACGGGCUAGCAGCAGGGAUCAUAACCAAGGACUUGAAUGUGGCCAACACUGUCUCGAGGUCGAUCCGCGCAGGCAUUAUUUGGAUCAACUGCUACUUUGCUUUCGAUCGAGACUGCCCUUACGGAGGGUAUAAGAUGAGCGGGUUCGGAAGAGACUUUGGUAUGCAGGGCCUGUACCAUUAUCUCCAUACCAAAUCUGUUGUCACUCCCCUUUUUAACUCUCCCUGGCUCUAAAUUAUGAUAUAAUCUUAAGGCUGGCAAAUUGUGCAACAAUAAUAAAACACCUAUAUAUAUGUAUAUGUUAUGUUGUAUAUCUGUUUCCUUUUGUUGUGGGAGAUUUUAUAUUUUAUUUACUAAUGGAAAAUACAGAAGUUUGAGUUUGAAA